CACCAACGUCCCGAGCGUUUGUUCGCCGUAACCAUGUUGGCUCAAGCCACUGUUGCUUCAGGCUCGGGGUCGACGAGAGCAGCUGCAGACCUCCACGCUGCCCCGCCCGCGUGAGCCGCUGGCCUGCGGCGACCAGACCGCGCACUGCCGCCGAGGAUGCCCCGACUCCUCCUGCGGCUGACGGCGGGGCUCUGCCUGGCGGCGCGUGCCGCGGGGAGCUCCGAGGUCGCAGCGAGCUUCAGCCUCGUCGACGAGGGCGGGCGGGACGUCCUCUCGGAGGCGGCGGCCCACGGCGCGCCGGCUGGGGGGUACCGGCCGCCAGGCAGCGUGCUGGUGCUGGGCUUCCAGUCGCACAACAGGACCUUCAAGUACAAGCUGUACCGCCAGGCCACGCCGUCCUCUGGCGGCAGGGUCGUGGUGCAGGGUGCGGGCGGGCAGAGGACGGAGCGCGCCCUCGGUCGGCCCGUCGUCUUCCGGAGCCCCGCCCGCGACGCGGUGUUGACCGCGGUGGGGCAGAGCUUCACGGGCACCGUGUUCGUCGGGACCACGAUAUUCGACAUUCGGCACCAGCACAGUAGCGCCGCUCUCGAGGUCACGCGCUUCGACCCCAACGAGGCCAAGUCGUCCACUGACUUCGGCGUGGGCAGCCUUCGCCCGAACGGCUCGCUGAAGGAGCCCGCCGUGGACAGGCGCUUGUCGAUCCUCAAUCCCGACGCGAUCGACCAGUGGACCAAUUGCUAUCCUGGAGAGGAGACGAUGCGCACUUUCAAGUUCGGCGCAGUCAUCACGUCCAACGUGUGGCGAGCCGAGAAUUUCCAGACUGACCAAGAGGCAGAGGACUGGGUCCACGCUAUGGUCGCCAACGCGAACAUGGCGUACGAACCCCAGCUCAAUAUCCACCUCCAGCUGGGCAGUCUUGUCGUUCAGCAGAACCACGACGGCGCUCCAAGCUGGGACCAAGAUAGCACAUGCCCGAUGACGAUUAAUGAUCAGUUGUGGGCGCUGGUUGCUUGGGAGAACUCUGCAGCUAAUCCAGACUCCACGAUGGGCGUGUGGCAUCUUUUCGACGAUUGCUACGCGAAUUCCGGCUUCAUCGGCCUGGCGUGGAUAGGGGUGCUGUGCUAUGAUUGGGGGUACAACACAGGAGUCACCUGGCUGAGCAAAGGGAAUUAUGCGUAUCCCACUUGGCACAUCAUGGCACAUGAGCUGGGACACAAUUUCGGAGCCCAACAUUCGUUCGAGCAAGGCCAGGGCAAGACAGGAGGCAUCAUGGAUUAUGGCGACGGCAGCCUAAAUGGCGUGUAUCGGUUCAACGACCUCCGCAAAUCUGAGAUCUGCGGUCAGCUCACUGCCCAAGUCAACAGUUGCUCGGGGUUCUCGGCUUUCGAAGCCGAGUGCGGCAACCGAAUUACAGAGCCAGGUGAAGGCUGCGAGUGCAGUGAUGGGUCGCAGGCUUGCUCAGGGUGCUGCGGCUGCCAGGUGCAGAUGCAAGUCGGUGCGCUCGCGACGCCGAUGGAGUGCUCGUACGGCGCCAUCGGCCACGGUGGUUGCUGCAGCCCUGCGGGCAUGUUCCAGCCGGUUGGCUUCGCGUGCACGCUGGCGGGCGCGGACGGCUACUGCAACGAGGGCGCGUGCGUCACCCAGCACGUCUGUCAAGACAACAGCUUCUUCGACAGCUACUGCGGGCUCGAGGCGAACGGUUGCAAGAUCAAGUGCACCCAGGCAGGAGACGGCACGUGCUUGAGUCUCAGCAGCUGGGAAGUGAACGGCCAUCCCAUCAAUAAUGUUCCCGACGGAACGACUUGCCAGGGGAUCGGUUUUGAUGGCAUUUGCAGCGCCGGCGAGUGCAAGCACCCUGAGGCGGUGACCAUCACUGGUAAUGUAGCGACGGCCGCUCCAGCGGAUCCCAACCCUCAUUCGACUGAAACAGAAUUCAGCGGUUGCGUGGGGUUCGCCAGCCGCGGGUUCCUUGGCCACGCAGACGUGCAAGUGUUCCUUACGGGGAAAACUCUGAUUCAGUGCAACAUGGAGUGCGCGAACAACUGGCAGUGCCACAGCUUCAUUCACAGGGCGGACGUGGGGUUCUGCGAGCUCUGGUCGAACAAGAACUUCGUUGAGGAUUUGGCAGUUGUCCCAGGCUACGAUACUUACAUCUGUGAUGCUUACGCUGCCGGCUUCGAUUUCCUCGACGCCGAGUACUAUCCGGACGCCGACGUGGGCUUCCACGGGCUGAGUAUCCCUGCUCGGGAGCGCAGCGGGGACAGUGGGUUCACCCGCAGCACUUGCUACAAGACGUGCAAGACGGACCACGGCUGCCACACGUUCGUCUUCGUCGAGGGGGUUGGCAGCUGCCAACUCUAUUCCUCUGAGAUCUCUGGGACCGACGUGGUGUACAAGGACCCCAGCGAGGGCUACAGCACAUACACCCUGCCUUGCCACGGCCGGGGCAAGACCUGCCCAUGCCGAGACGAUCCAGAUGGCACCUGGAAGAUCCGCGUGCCGUGCCAGUGCGACGCGGCCGCCAACCCCUUCGAGAAUGAGUGCAGUAUCAACAAGUACUGCUACGACGGAGCUUGCGCCGACUCUCCGAAGCGCCGGUUGUCCAGCUUCUGCCCGUCGACUCCCGCCCCGCCAGUCUCGACUGCCGUGCCGACCGCUGCACCGACAGCUGCACCGACCGCCGCGCCGACCAGCGCACCGACUGCCCUACCGACCAGCUCGCCGACUCGUGCGCCGACCAGUUCGCCAACUUCUGCGCCGACGGCCGCGCCAACCUCCCCGCCGACGGCCGCGCCGACCGCCGCGCUGGUCAGCGCACCGACUGCCCUACCGACCAGCUCGCCGACUCGUGCGCCGACCAGUUCGCCAACUUCCGCGCCGACGGCUACGCCGACCGCCGUGCCGACUGCUGCACCAACCACGCCGACUGCUGCACCGACCGCAGUUCCGACAUCUGCACCAACCGCAAGAGAGACCUCUACGCUAGCACCGACGCCGUCACCGCCAGCGGUAUGGACUACCCUCACAGCGACCACAACGACGCAGAUGUACCUGGUGCGGGUGGGCAUGUCCCUCUCCAGCACCGGCACUUCAGACGACGUAGAGUCCAUUGUCGCUUCCUUCGCGACCAGCAAGCACGGCGUCGCCCCCGACAGCGUCACCGCAACUGCUGCGGCUGGCCGGAGCAACGCUGCCGCCUCGACCUGGUGGCAUGCAGACUACGACAUCCUUCUGGAGACCGAGUCGGACGCGUCGGACCACCUGGUGAUCGCCAAGCAGCUCGCCGCAGACGCGGAGGGCACCCGCGCCCACCUCGCCCAGAGCUUCAGCGACUCGGGGCUGACGAUGGACGCAGCAGGUUUUACAAUCUCCGCGCCGGAGGAGGUGCAGGUACACCAGUCUUGCUACAGCACGGACGUAGGCCUGAAGGACCCGUUCGAAGAUGGCUGCGACACGUACCGCCGCAAUCCAGGCUUCUGCGGAAUCUACGACGACGCCGAUUUCAGUUCCCACGAUCUGUGCUGUGCCUGCGGAGGUGGCAGCGACAGGGAGCCGGACUGGACGCCACCCACCGAGGAGCCCAUAUUGCCACCCGACCCUGGCUGCCUCGACACCGACCUCACCGAGAAGGACAGCACCGGAGACGGCUGCUCGGUCUACGCCAUGGACCCGGUGCACUUCUGCGGCGAGUUCGACGACGACGAUUUCAGCUCAAUGGCCAUGUGCUGCGCCUGCCGCCCGUACGCCUCGCCGACCCCGGCGGCCCCCGGCCCCACUGCGGCCCCCGGGGCCCCCACGCCCGUGCCUCCGCCGCCGCUCGUGCCGACGCCGGCGCCCGGCGACGGCAUCCUCGACGGGGCCACCCCGCACGGACUCUCGGCGGCGUGCGCUCUCGUGGCCGCCGCGGCGUGCGCGCUGGGCGGCCCGGCGCAGUGAUGCGGGGCUGCGGGCGUGCGGUGCCGACGUGGUCGGGGUGCCUCGCCCUUCCGCCGCGGCGCGCCGCCGGGGGAAGGAAGUGAUCUGCCAGGGCGCUCCGCGGGGGGAAGGCCCACUCCUCUUCUCUUAGUGUUGCGGCUCUUGGCCAGUGCGCGUCUUUUUCCUGUUCGAGGCCAAGCACGCGUCGUUUUCCGACACCGCCGCUCGGGCUGUCUGGGCCAGGGUGCGGUUUAUGGAGGACGCGAGUGUGCGUUUCCGCAGGGGACCACCCCCGUUGUUGUGACGAGGUUCCACGGAGCCGUAAGGCCCUCCCAUAAUUAGACCCUGCGACUUUUGCCCUCUGCGCGCCUUCUCUUCUUUUCGAGGACACGCCCGCGGCGUUUGCCGACACCACCGCUCGGGCCAGUUGGGCUGAGGCGUGGACGCGAAUGCGCGCUUCCGCCUGGGCGCCCCCGUUGUUGGUGACGGGAUCUCCUUGGGUGAUGUGGGAGUCUACGACGCCCCGCGUCUGCCAGGGGUGCCGCCCCGCCUCUCAGCGGGGCGCUGCUGCCCCAGCCUAAGCAGCGCAGCUGCAGGGCCUUUCCACGCGUUCGUUGCACAAGUGCGGGGGCCGCCUACCUCGUAGGUGAUCGUUUGAGAUGUGAUUUUCCCGUCACGGGGUUGUGAAGAUGACCUCGUGGCCUCUCAACACUUGCUCGGGCUGCAGCGGUUAGCUGCGCCGCCCAUGUUUGGAAUGACCUCCCCACGGCACGAGGGUGCCCCGCCCCGUCCUCGUCCUCGCGGCACUGCCAUACCAGCAGCAGCGAGGGACACUCGUGAGAGCAGAGAGGAGGGGCCGAUUUAGGUCUAUGGAUCGAAGGAUGGCGUGGUGAAGGCCGACCUCGAGAGGCUCCAUGCUGGAGCCGUCUCCUGCCCUCCUUUCGACGCGCCCCGACUGCCGAAGGGCGUUUGUGGGCAGUCGCACCCCAGCGUUGACGCUCGUCCUCGGGACCCUCGGAGUGGGCACGGGGGGGUGGGAAGGGGGCUGUCUGGAUGACCCAGCCGUGACGGUGCCGACCUCCGUCGAUUUUGCCCUAGCCCUCGUCCCCCGCGGUGCUCGCAAAUUUCCUCUGGGCCGCUGUGCUUCGACAGCGCGAACGCAAGCCCUGUGCUAAGCUUCGCCUGCCAUGCGAUCGCUUGUGUUACGAUAUCGUCCGCAACCAGCUCCGAUCGAAACGAUAUUCGGCUCUCGAGAAAGGGUGCAUCAGGAGCCUUACGUGUGAUGCGCUCUGGGCCAACAGCAGAGCGA